AUGUUUCACAUUCUAAUCAUUCUUUCCACAACGGGGAUUUUGUUUGAUAUUGUUCAUUGUCAAUUGCCUCAAGGAUUCGUUUAUUUAAAUUCAAUUGCACCAGAUAUCCAAGUUAGUUUACGAUAUGCAAGUAAUGAAGAUUUCAUGGGCAGAGUUGUCAUUGGUUAUAAAGCGAAUGUAUCAAUAAUGACGGAACAAGCCUCUGUGGGUUUGAAAUAUGUGCAAGAAAUGUUGAGAAAGGAUAAUUACGAAUUGGUCAUCUACGACAGUUAUCGUCCUCAAAAAGCUGUUGAUAGUUUUAUAUUGUGGACACAAAAUUUGACAGAUCAAGUGAAAAAGAAAAGUUAUUAUCCACGUCUAAAUAAACAAGAUGCCGUUAAACUUGGUUAUAUUGCUGAAAAAUCUGGACACACACGUGGCAGUACAGUAGAUUUAACAAUUAUUCCACUUGGACAAAAAGUGCACAUCAUCGACGUUGUAGAUCGAACGUUAACUGAUGGCUACAAUAUAUCAUUUUUGAAUGAUGGCACUGUGGAUAUGGGCUCAUCGUUUGAUCUGUUUGAUAUUGCUUCACACACAAAUAGCACACUUGUUAAUGAACAAUCACGACAAAUGAGAAUGUAUUUGAAACGGAUAAUGGAACAAGCAAAUUUCACUAAUUUACCCGUUGAAUGGUGGCAUUAUACAUUGAUUAAUGAACCGUUUCCUGAGACAUAUUUUAAUUUUGAUAUCCAAAUCGAUAAUGAUCGAAGUGUAGCCAACUCGAUUUUCAAAAAUAAUUCUUUUCUCGUGUAUCUUGUAGCAUUAGUCUUUUAUUCAUACUCGAAAUAA